GGUUUUAUCGAAUAUGGAUUUGAUGGCGUAGGAGUAGCAUUUAAUAAUGAUACUAAAUCUUGGAAAUAUAAUCGUCAAUUUUUUAGUCAAGCAAUAAUGACUCCAAGUUUCAAUCGUCAAGCUGUUGAAUGGACCAAUGAGUUAUGGGUUGAAAUGGAAUCUUAUUUAAAUAAUCUUGGAGAACAUUAUGAAUUAGACUUUAUAAAAUGGAUGCGUAGAUUUACAAAUGAAAUGAUUUUUAAAAUUGCUACCGGAACAAAAAAUGAUGCUAUCGCUUCUUAUUAUAAUAUGUUAAUUAACGAUAAUAAAAAUUCUUUAAAUGAUAAAGAAAAUGAAAAACUUAACGAAUCUAAAAAUUUUAUUGAAUCCAUUGAAACUUAUUUAGCAGGAAUGUUUUACUUUUUCGCUUUUAAUAAUUUCACCCGUAAUUAUGUUCCUUUCAUUCGUGGAAAAGCUAAGAAAUUAUUGAAAAAUAAGGAUUACUUAUUUGAUAAAUUAUACACCAUUAUUAAAGAAAGAAGGACUGAGAUUGAAAAUACACCAUUAGAUCAACCACUUCGUCAUGAUAUGUUGACGUCAUAUAUAACCGCGAAUACAUCACGUGAUAUUAACGCUGUGAAGCAUGCCGACGUUGAUUUAUUAAGACCAAUGACUGAUAAAGAAAUUUUUGGUAAUAUACUCGAAGCAAUGCUCGGAGGUACUGAUACAACAGCGAAUUUUAUUUGCUUUACUGCAUACUAUCUUGGACAUUAUCCAGAAGUGAAACAACGAUUGAGACAAGAAUUUGAUAGAGUUCUUGGAAAUGACUUAACAAGACCAAUAACAAAUAAAGAUCUUGAUGAAUUAGAAUAUUGUGAUGCAGUUACCAAAGAAGUAUAUCGUCAUUCUCCUAUAGCUUUUUUUGUUGGACGUUUAAAUGCUCAAAAAGACAAAGUUGGAGGAUAUGAAUGGCCAGAAGGAACUACAUUUCAAAUGCUUGUUUCCGCAUUAAUGAAACAUAAAGAUUAUUGGACUGAACCUGAAAAAUUUGAUCCCGAUAGAUUUUAUAGAGUUGAAGAAAGUGAUAAAUAUUUACUUGAAAAGAAAAAAAUGAAAAACACUUUUCCAAUAUUUGGAGGAGGAAUUAGAAUUUGCCCUGGAAGAAAAUUGGCAAUUAUAGAAUUAAAAUGUUUAUUAAUAUUAAUUUAUAGAAAAUAUGAUAUUGAAUUAGUUGACAUGAAUGCUCCAUUAAAAUAUAAUUCUGAUUUUAUUAAUGUCUGUACAGAAUUAAAGGUUAGGAUUAAACCAAGAAAAUUUUAAUCAGCGCGGCCUAGAGACUUUAUAGUAAACUAACUAUUAAGUGCGUAAAUUUACUUACAGUAUACUACACAUAAAAAAAUGUAAUUAGAAAUAUAUCUACAUUAUUUUGCUUUUUCCAAUAUAUUAUUUAUCCCCAAAUGUUUUUUAUUUUAUUGAAAAUAUAAAAUUGAAUAAAAAAAAUAAAAAAAAAUUUC